UCUGUUAUUUUGACCUUUCAUUGAGGAAGCGGUAACAUAAUAGAUUUGAAAUCUUUCGCGUUGUAUUCUCUCGCCUACAGAAGAUUAACAAUAAUAGACUGGCACUUAUAUAAUACAAAAAACAAAUAUAAUAAACAGUAGAAAGCGUAUUGUGCAUGUGGGAGUGGUUUCUUCAGACUCCUUUUCCAGACUUUCCUUCCUCCUCCCACUGUUGCUGUGGAAACUGAGAGACGGCUGUUAAUGUGAGUUGAUUCGUCCUUUCACUCCACAGUAUCGAAGAUCUAACGAGAGAAGGCUACUUGUCAAUUUGGAAGAAAAACUUUCUCCUCGUGAUGGGAUUGUCUCUAAGCAGCGUAACCGCAGAGAUGAGGAAUGUAACUACAGUUUAGAAACUGACCAGAGUCAAACAACUCGGACCUACAUCAAAUCUGCCAGUGAAACUUGCAAGACGAAAAUGGCUGGUAACUCAAAUUAUAAGAAUAUAAGGAAGGAUAAAGGCGAGAAUGAACCGGCAGUGGCAAGCUCCGAAAUAAAACACGACGAGACGAUAGCACCACACGAGGAGAGCCGUAGAACCUAUGACGAAACGUUCCCUCCUCUUCUACCCCCACCUCCUCCUCCUAUCUCAGCCUACGUCAUUGCGGUUAAGAAGGAUAAUCCUCUAUCAAAGGAAGGAAGUGCCGAAGGUAAAACUAACAAGAUAGACAAUCACCCAGAACCAUGUUACCAGACUGGUGCUUUAUAUAGCAACACUAGCCAGUCUGCAGUUCAAGAAAAACAGUGUUUUCCUGCUGAUGGCUACUCCAUAUCAGAAGAUAGCAGAUCAGACCGUCAGUUUUUAAACCUCGAAACUAUGGAAAGAACUACCUGUCGUCCAUCCUCUGAAGCUGGACGAUCCUACGAUGAAACGACUAUUCAAGCAUCUGUUCGCCAGUUUAAAGCCAUAUCAGACUUAGUAGAUAUGUCUUCACUACGUGUUCAGAGUGAGGUUGUUACUAACACGGAUCCAGAGAAAGAUGGAACGGAAGCAAGUUAUUUGACAACAUUGUUGCACAAUGACGACGUGUUUAAAUGUGAUGAUCAGGAAUUAGGCACUACAAUUCCUCCCAUUGUCCUCCCUAAGGCUCAGACAAAGAUGAAUAGGAAGAAUGUUGUUUCAAGUAUUAUUCCACCAGCCGUAAACGAACAGCACAGAUCUUACUUCGAUUACCGACUAACGAUACCUUCAGGAAACCAAGUGAAGUAAACUCCGAAAAGUACAAAUACAAACAAUCCAGGCAAAAUGCUAUAACACAUAACUCGUAACACAUUUUUAGUACUUACAUGUACAGUAAGCCAAGGCUUAGGCUUAAGGAAGGAAGUUUAAGGUUUCGAGAGAGAGCCAGAACUGAUCGUCAGAAAAAUUCUUCGGAUGAAAUGUUGAGUUAGGACUUGUUAAUGUGUUUCAGACAUUUAGAUGUAUGGUAUGAUCAAGAUUUGGUUUGCUCUUACUUAAACAAUCGUAGGAAAUCUAACAAAGUAUCAUAGCAUCACCGUAUCUUACAGACGAGUAGCAUCAGUGAAGUAAGUUUUCUAACUUCAGGUUCAAGGGCAAUUAGAAGAAUGUAAAAGGCUGUUUAAUUUUAUAUUUUAUAUUUCUG